GGUGCCGUCAGCCCCGAGAGCCGGCACCGGCUCCGGCACCGCAACCGCGCGGCCACGGCGGUGCUCCGGCAAGGCCGGCCGCCUGACCCCCUGCCCCCGACCUUGGCCGGCCCAAGGAGAGGGGGUCCCCGUGGCCCCCCCCGGCCGCAGCCGCCCCUCGCCGUCUCAGAUCACCCGGGAGGGGAGCCAUGAGGGACUCGUACACGGUGACGCUGCCCGAGGAGCCCCCCGCGCUCCCCGACCUUCACAAGGAGCUGCGCCCCCGCGCCUCCAUGCCGGGGUCCCUGCUGGUCUCCACCUUCGUCGGGCUCGUCCUCAACAAGACCAAGAGCUCCAAGGCGGUGCAGGGGCUGACCGGCCUGCGGAACCUGGGCAACACGUGCUUCAUGAACUCCAUCCUGCAGUGCCUGAGCAACACCAGGGAGCUGCGGGAUUACUGCCUGCAGAACCAGUACCUGCGGGACCUCAACAACAACAGCCGCAUGCGCACGGCGCUCAUGGCAGAAUUCGCCAAGCUGAUCCAGCUGCUCUGGACCUCGUCCCCCAACGACAGCGUGAGCCCCUCCGAGUUCAAGACGCAGAUCCAGCGAUACGCCCCCCGCUUCGUCGGCUACAACCAGCAGGACGCGCAGGAGUUCCUGAGGUUCCUCCUCGACGGGCUGCACGGCGAGGUGAACCGCGUGCUGGUGCGGCCGCGGGCCAGCGCCGACACCCUGGACCACCUCCCCGACGACGAGAAGAGCCGCCAGAUGUGGAGGAGGUACCAGGAGCGGGAGGACAGCCGGGUUAGCGACCUCUUCGUUGGGCAGCUGAAGAGUUCCCUGACCUGCAGCGAGUGCGGCUACUGCUCCACAGCCUUCGACCCCUUCUGGGACCUCUCCCUGCCCAUCCCCAAGAAAGGCUACGGCGAGGUGACGCUCAUGGACUGCCUCCGGCUCUUCACCAAAGAGGACGUGCUGGAUGGGGACGAGAAACCGACGUGCUGUCGCUGCAAAGCCAGGACGAGGUGCACGAAGAAAUUCAGCAUCCAGAAGUUCCCCAAGAUCCUGGUGCUUCACCUGAAGCGCUUCUCGGAGGCCAGGAUACGAGCGAGCAAGCUCACCACCUUCGUCAACUUCCAGCUGAAGGACCUGGACCUCCGGGAAUUCGCCUCGCAGAGCUGCAACCACGCCGUUUACAACCUCUACGCCGUCUCCAACCACUCGGGCACCACCAUGGGGGGACACUACACCGCCUACUGCAAGAGCCCCGUCUCCGGCGAGUGGCACAGCUUCAACGACUCCCGCGUCACCCCGAUGUCCUCCAGCCACGUCCGCAGCAGCGACGCCUACCUGCUGUUCUACGAGCUGGCCAGCCCGUCCUCCCGCAUGUAGCCUCCCCGGGCAUCCCCCCGGAGCUGGACACCCCCCAGGAUUUUGGCUUUUUGCCCCCCCCCCUGGGUGCAGCUUGGAGGCUCGGAGGGGCUGCAGCAGGAGGCAGCCAGGAGCAAACCCCCCCAGCUGCGGGCUGAGGGCAGGACCCAGGCAGCUCCGGCACCCCCCCGGUGGUUGGUUUUUACCUUGGGGUAGGUUUUUUUUCUUUCUUUUUUUUUUUUUCUUUUUUUUUUUUUUUUUUUGGCCUUUUUUGCUGUGUAAUAAAAAGCACCGAGCGAGGGACUCGGCGGGCGUGGGGCCGGGAGCUGCGCUCCCACGGGGAGCACCCGGCGCUGGGGACCCGCGGUGCCUCCAGCACCCCUCUUGGCACUGCUCAUCCGUCCCGGAGGAUUCGCGAGCUGCUCCAAACCUCCUGGCCAAGGACUCCAGCCCUCCGGUGGCCUCCUCCCGUGCUCCACGAGCAGCCCGAGUUCAGGCCCCGACUGACGGACCCCCCGGGAGGAAUUUGUCCGGGGUGGUCGGGACAUUUUGCAGCCGGGGAUGCUGCGGGCGGGUGUUCACCUGCCUCCUCAUACGACGGUGCCUUAAACCAUUCGGGGGGCGCCGGGGUGGCACGGGGGCGUCCGUCCUGCGGGGGGGGGGGGGGGGAGGACAGCGGCUCCCCAGGACCGUCUGCAACCGGGGCUUUCUUCCCCCCGAAACCAGGAGCCCCCCCGGGGAUGCUCGUCCCCCCCCUCUGGCCCCGCUGCUCCGUCCUCCGGCUAGCGAACGCCAGUGGCCUUUUUUAGCCUUUUCUCUAAUUUAUUCUCCCCCCCCAUCCCGCCCUGCCCGAGGUCCCAGGCUGGGGCAGCGCUGCUGCUGGGCAGGUGGCUCGUUUACUGUGUAAGCAAGAUGGGCAGGAUGUGUCUCGUACAAGGGAGACUCGUGCAGGAAUAAAUUGCAGCUGGAACGG